GCUGCGCCUGCGCCUUAAAAACUAGACAUAAAUAUAUAUAAAUAUAUAUAGUAUCGAUCUUGGAACUAUCAAAUUGGAAGGAUUGGAGCCGCCAGAGCAGAGGAUUAUAUAUAUAUAUAUAUAUUCGUUUAUAUAUAUAUAUAUAGCGAGAGAGAGAGAGAGACGGGGCAGAUCCACCACCGCAGCACAGGCAAAAAAAGCGUGCAGAGGGAAAUGAGAUGAAGUGGUUUCAAGUGACCAUAGAUAUGAUUCUUGUGCUUUCAUUUAUAUCAAGCAGCACAGCGAAUCCGGAUGCGAAACGAUUGUACGACGAUUUGCUGAGCAACUACAACAAACUGGUACGACCGGUGGUCAAUGUGACGGACGCGCUGACCGUUCGCAUCAAGCUGAAGCUAUCGCAACUGAUCGAUGUCAACCUAAAGAACCAGAUCAUGACCACCAACCUGUGGGUGGAGCAGUCCUGGUACGACUACAAGCUCAAGUGGGAGCCCAAGGAGUACGGCGGCGUCGAGAUGCUCCACGUGCCCUCCGAUCACAUCUGGCGUCCGGACAUCGUCCUCUACAACAACGCCGACGGCAACUUCGAGGUGACGCUGGCCACCAAGGCCACGUUGAAUUACACAGGACGCGUCGAGUGGCGACCGCCGGCGAUUUACAAGAGCUCCUGCGAAAUCGACGUGGAGUACUUUCCCUUCGACGAGCAGACCUGCGUCAUGAAGUUCGGCAGCUGGACAUACGAUGGAUUUCAGGUGGAUCUGCGGCACAUCGACGAACUCAACGGCACCAAUGUCGUGGAGGUGGGCGUGGAUCUGUCCGAGUUCUACACGUCCGUCGAAUGGGAUAUCCUCGAAGUUCCUGCAGUGCGAAACGAGAAGUUCUACACGUGCUGCGAUGAGCCAUAUCUGGACAUCACCUUCAACAUCACGAUGCGGCGGAAGACGCUCUUCUACACCGUCAACCUGAUCAUUCCCUGCAUGGGCAUCAGUUUCCUCACCAUCCUCGUCUUCUACCUGCCAUCGGACAGUGGCGAGAAGGUCUCAUUAAGCAUAUCCAUUCUGCUGUCGCUCACUGUGUUCUUCCUGCUGCUGGCGGAAAUCAUUCCGCCCACAUCGCUGGUGGUGCCGCUGCUGGGAAAGUUUGUGCUCUUCACCAUGAUACUGGAUACCUUCAGCAUCUGUGUGACUGUAUUGGUGCUGAACAUCCACUUCCGGUCGCCGCAGACGCACACGAUGGCUCCUUGGGUGCGGACCGUGUUCAUCAACCAGCUGCCACGCUUCCUGGUCAUGCGACGUCCGCUCUAUCCGAUCAGCGAGAUGAUCAAAUCCUCGCGCCGCCUGAUGUUGCGCACCUGCAACGGACUCGAACUGAGGGAUCAAAUACCACCGCUGCCACCGCCGGUGGCCUUGUCUCGCAUGCACCACAGCCCGAAGACGACAUCGCGGAGCACCUCGCCGCACCUGCAGCACCGCGUGCAGACCUACAACCUGAUGGACGAGUGCGGCAUGGGCAUGGGCGGCGGUGCCUCCACCAUCACCGGCCAUUUGAGCUCCCUCUAUCCGCCGACCAUGUCGACGGCCAACCAACAGACCUCGACCACAUCCUCGCUGAUCGAUGCCCAGUACCACAAUCAGUACCAGCAGACGGGCGGCUCGCUGCUGGACCAUCCACUCACGCCCACCAAGUUCCGCCAGAUGACCUCGACCUCCAGCCAGACGGGUCAGAAUGGCAGCGGGAAUGGCAACGGGAACGGUGGCUACGGCGGGCAUGGCCAGAGCGGCGGCCACCACCUGUAUCGGCAGCAGUCGAGCUGCUCGGCGAACUUCUCGCCGCUGCCGCAGCACGCCCACCAGGCGCACGCCUCCACCACCACCAGCGAUCUGGGCAUGGCCAAUCCGAAUGUGAUAAAGUCGACGACGACGGUUAACUCGGUGGCCACCGCCUCGACGCUGGCGGACUCCUGCUGCAGCGGCACCAUCCAGAUCCACCAGGGCAUGGGCGCCGGAGCCGCCUGCCAGUCGUCGGAGCUGCUGCACCACCAGCAGCUGCACCAUCAGCAGAUGCACCACCAGCAGCAGCAGCAGCAGCAACAGCAGCACCACCACCAGCGACCCACCACCUCGGCAGCGGCGGCAGCAGCAGCGGCAGCCGCCGGCGGACCCAGCACCUCGGCAGCGGCAGCUGCAGCAGCGGCGGCAGCGGCGGCCGGAACGCCACCCCCACCGCCUCCGCCGGCGGGCGUCUGUGAUAUUCUGCCCGCCUGCCAGCGCGAGGGCGGGCCGCACUGCUGCUCGGGGCGUGGCAAUGUGCGCCAGCGGUGGCACACCUGCCCGGAACUCCACAAGGCCAUGGACGGGGUCACCUACAUUGCGGAUCAGACGCGCAAGGAAGAGGAGAGCACAAGGGUGAAAGAGGACUGGAAGUACGUGGCCAUGGUGCUGGACCGCCUGUUCCUGUGGAUCUUCACAAUAGCCGUGGUCGUCGGCACCGCCGGCAUUAUCCUGCAGGCUCCGACGCUCUACGACACCCGGAUGCCCAUCGAUAUAAAGCUAUCGGAGAUCGCCUCGACGACGGCCAAGCCGAAUGUGGCCAGGCCCGUGUUGUAAGCGGAUCGAUAACUAUCGGUUCGCGGAUCGAUCGAUAUCCAGUAUUUCGGAGAAACCACAAACCACACACAGUCUGAAGGAGCAAAACACAAGUAAUGAAUGAAAUUCGCAUUUGUUUUUUCUUUAACCAGAGGCGGAGGAUAGAAAAAAAAGAAAGAAAAAAAUAACAAAAAAAAAUAACCACAAAACUUGUUCCAGAAAAACAAAGACAAGCGACGACGAGAAUCCAAGUAACUAUAACUAAUAAAUUGUAUUUGUUGUAUACAUAAAAGGUAUAACUAACUAUAAAUAAUUUGUACACUAAUGUUUAAACAGGCAGCGAUGCUAAACAAAACGGUUUUUUUUCUAGGCAACCUAAAUGAACAGAGAGACAAAAGUGACGAAAAAACGAAAAACAGAAAACAUAUAAAAUACGAAUUAAUUAAGUAAACCAAUUCAACUGAAACGAAGCGCAAAAUAGUAUGCAACAGAUAAACAAAUACGAUUUAUGGUAAUAAUUGAGAGCGAAAUUAAAUUAGUGAAAUUAAAUUAGCCUAGCCAAACAUCAAGAAUAACGGAAACAAAAACAAAAAACAAAACAAAAAAACGUGUAUUUGUUGAACAAGAAAGUGAGUAGAAGAAGGACAACAUUAGUUAGCUAAGCGAAUCAACAUAGAGGAACAGGAAAAAAGCCAAAAAAAUGGCAUAUGUGUGUAAAAGUGUGUGUGUCUGCACUGAGAAAAAACGGAGGAAGGGACAACGCGACAUUGUUUGCCAUUUAGAGCCUUUGAAUACCAUUUAACUUGAAGAGAUUAAUUCCAACUUUUUAAUGUAGUUGCAUACAUACAUACACACAUACAUAACAAUAGCUCACAGAAAGUUAACA